AUGGAUAGCAGCGGGUGGGAUCCGAUCCGGGUAUGCGGGAUGAGCGACCCAGAUUGCACGACUACUUGUUGUGGGAAGACUCGGGCCAACGCGAACUGCAAACACCGCAUCUCAAAGCAGUCGCGCACCGAUGCUGCCCACCUCCUGCAGCUUCUGGCGCUGCGGCGACCAGCAGAUGACAGCCUCGUCGAGACACUGCGCAAGAUUGCCAGGCUGCUGCUAUGCAAACGGAACCACCAGCACAAGGAGGACGAACAAGUGCAGCCGCUCGCAAUGCGCUGGUAUGAGAGCGCUCGGGCUUCACGUGCCGUCGGUGAGCAUGGGCGGGAUUCACCCACGGAGAGCCGGCAGAUUGACUCCCCGCUGUAUCCAGAACUGGACCUGGUGGAUGUGAAUUCGACAUCAUUGACCCCGAUGGAUGUCGAGCCUGCCGCGGCGGAGCGUCAGUCCAUCCGUAUUGAGCAGCUGCGGCAAAGGUCGGUUCCAUUCGAGGUGUCGCCGUCUUCCCCCGCUCGGAUCCAGUUCGGGACCGCCAAUGCAGACAGCACCAGCACGCCGGUGAUCCUCCGCUCACUCAGGCAUGAUGAUGACGGCGGCAGCAGCAUAGAGUGCCUGAUCUGUCAUGACGAUGCAGCAGACGACAUUGCCAAUCUGCAGUGUGAGCGGUGCAGACGGAGCGUGCACUUGGGCUGUAUGGGGGAUUGGCUCGAACGACGGUCGACACGGAUCAAUUUUAACUGUCCACAAUGCCGCGGUGUCACACGUUUCGAUGCUUCCUACUCCGCCGCCGAGACGACGGGCGAGGCAGAGGAUGGGGUCGAAAGCGCUGGCGGUGGCCGCACCGCUCGAGGGGAGAUCACCUCGGAAGGGGAUACGGUUCUCCGCCGGUCCCGUAGGCGGACGGGACGACCUGACUACUAUGUACCUUAA